GUAACAUCCUUUCUCGCCAGUGUAAACGGAAGUGAACAGUGUCGAAGAACAUUUUACACGUUAGCGUUUUUAUUGUUGUUAUUUAGACGUUCAUUUUCCCAGCACAGCAUCACAUGUGUACCCCAUGCAGUUUUUAAUUCGAGUAUCUAGGCCACACUAGCUAGCUGCUAACGUUAGUUAACAAUGGAUAACUGUAUGGUUUUUCAAACUCAAAUAGCCUCCAUCAUGGAGGUGCUAGCGAAUGCAGCUGUGACAGAUAUAUGUAAACUCGUAGACGACGACUAUGCAGUGUUUCGUUUGGAAAUAACUCAAAACCAGAAAGAAAACAGGGCAUUGCGUAGGAAACUACAGCUACUGGAACUGAAGGUGGCACGGGAGCGCGCAGAGAGGACAAUGCGAGAGCGCGUUCUCGCCAGUCGUCCCAGUAGUGUCAAGAUCCUCGACCGAUACAGAGGAAUUGCAAGAGGUGAAGGACAUCUCACUGGAGGCCACAGGAGCUUUGUGAAGCCAGCGAGACACAAUACAUGGAAAGAUGAUCAACCAAUCACUGUUGAUGAGGGGAAUGGAACCUCAACCCAGCACGUUAUUGUGAUAGAGUCUGCAGAUACAGAGGCUGCAGGUCCUGGGGUGAAGCAAGAGAGGUCUGAAAGAGAGGAGGACCUACAGCACAGCAGAAACAUCCAGACUGGAGCGGCUGGAGCGUCCUCUGUAGCCACGAAAGACCCCACCACGGCCCCAGCGCAGACCAGUGCCGGCUCAGAGUAUUUACCGUGGUGGUUACAGUUUUGUCCCAUGCUGCAACUCAUGUAUGGACUCGGGAAAGGCGAAGUUGGAGAGCCGUGCAUCCUCCGAAACACAACCAAGCCACACUGCUUCUUGACUCAAUGCCGGCUUAACCCGGAAGGCAGCCGCACCUAUGUGUCAGAGGAAACACCGUACACCUGGUGACCAUUUCAGUGUGCAUUGCGCCCGGCAUGCCACAGGAGUUGCUAGUGCGCGAUGGGACAAGAACGUCCCUGCCGGCCAAACCCUCCCCUAACCCGGAAGACGCUGGGAUAAUUGUGCGCCGCCCCAUGGGUCUCCCGGUCGCGGUCAGCUGCGACAGAGCCUGGACUCGAACCAGGAUCUCUAGUGGCACAGCUAGCACUACGAUGCAAUGCCUUAGACCACUGCGCCACUCGGGAGGCCAUCAAACGCUUUUAAUGAGAAAAUGAAUUCAGUUCAUCAAGUUCAUGCAGAUUUGUAAUUGAGACGUGUAUAUGUGGUUUUCAUAUGGUGUAUUUAAAACAUGUUUAUGUUUAAAAAACAGAAAAUGGGACUUUUCAUUCGAAGACUUUCUCUGCUGGCAUAUGUUGACGACAGUUAUGUCAAGUUGGCUGGAUGGCCUUUGGGUAGUGGAGCGUGAAAAACCCAGCAGGGUUGCAGUUCUUGACACAAACCGGUGCGCAUGGCACCUACUACCAUACCCAGUUCAAAGGAACUGAAAUAUUUUGUGUUGCCCAUUCACCCUCUGAAUGGCACACAUACACAAUCCAUGUCUCAAGGCUUAAAAAUCCUUAAUGAACCUGUCUCCUCCCCUUCAUCUACCCUGAUUUGAAGUGGAUUUAACAAGUGACAUUAAUCAUAGCUUUCACCUGUUCAGUCUGUCAAUUAGUACACUUAGUGUAUAUGCUCUUCUGUACUAUUUGUGUUUACAGUCUGUAGGUCAUGAGGACCUGCUGAUAUCCAGUCUUGUUGGCGGGAGAGAGUGGCACCUCUGAGGUGGCUGGUCAUAAGCCCUGGCCCCGGAUCAGAACCCUGGAUCAGGAGCCGUCGCUCUUCCUUCCUGUGUCGGAACCAGGACAGAGACUCCACCACCAUGCACCACACAGCACACAAUCCCACCAACACCAAAACAAUGGCUAGAGGUCAAGGAGUUCAGACUAACCUGCUUCUACCUCCUCUGGUGUCAUUGGGUCACAAUGUGGGAGGCCGAGCAUUAGGAUGGACGCCGACAAGCCAUACGCCUGCUCCACGUGGGGUAAGAGUUUCGCUAAGGCAAAAUAUGUGAAGCAGCACCAGACCAUUCACACCAAGGACCUGCAGACUGUUACAAAAGCUUUUUCCCGAGUAGCUUUAUAAGACAGAAAUGUGCACAAUGGGGAGAAAUACGAUUCAAGGAAAAAGUCAACUAUGGGGUUUGUCUGACCCCUAUGACGUCUUGGAGUGGGUGGAGAGAAAGCUAGGAAAAGUGCAGUCAGUCAAGGUAGCGUGGAGUGGGUUCAUUAUCAUACGGUGUACCACCAUCUGUCAGAGGGACUGAGCUUUGCACUUGGUUCGACUGGGGUCACGAGAAGUAACAUGCUUUAGCCUACAGAACAGAGCUCUCAAAGGGUUGUCUUUGGCUUUAAAUACAAUUACAAUUGUAGUCUAUAACAAAUGUGCAUUGUCAUGAAGUAACAGAAUGAUACAGUAAUUGAGAUAUUUGCAAAUCAUUUGAUUAUUUACACUGAACAAAAUAUAAAUGCAACAUGUAACAAUUUCAAAGAUGUUACUGAGUUACAGUUCAUAUAAGGAAAUCAGUCAAUUGAAAUAAAUUCAUUAGGCCCUAAUCUUUUCACAUGACUUGGAAUAUAGAUAUGCAUCUAGUAGAAAGAGGUAGAUAGAAGGUGCUCUUUGGUAAAAGGGGUAAAUUGGUCAUCAAAAAGAAAGGAGGACCAAGGCACUCUUCAUGUAAUUGAUUAAAAUGCCUUUAUUAGUAUGGCAUGUUCAAUAGAAACAAAGUUGUUUGUUUUUUUAAACCGACGCGUUUUGGCUGCAUGGCCUUCCUCAGGGAGUACAAAAAUAAAAAAGGAAUACAUGGU